AUGGAUAUAUGUAUAAGUCAUCUUUAUAAUAGACAAAUAAAAAAAAACAUUUUACAGGAUUUAUUUUACAAAUUAGAGAAUUAUGAUAAUGAGGAUUUUUUAUGUUUCGAUGUAAAUUCGAGUGGAAAUGUUUUAGUUGUGAGUACGAAAAGUAAGUUUUAUUUUUUCCAUAUAAUAACAGGUACAUUAUUAUAUGAGUAUUGUUAUUAUAAUGAGGAAGAAAAGAUAGAAAGGAAACCGGAUAUUUCUGAUGAAAAAUUAACUAUUCAGGAGAAUUAUCCACGUUGUCAGAUAAAUUAUGAUGAACAUAAUAAAAAGGAUGAAGAGCGAGAAAAAAAUAUGAGUACAUAUGAAGGUGAUGAGUUGGAAGGCGAAUAUGUUAAUGUGAAAAAUGGAACAAUCAUAAAUUAUAAAAAUUGUGAAAUAAAUAAUAGUGAUCAAAUGGUAUGUACUAGCAAUACUACGACUACGAAUAAUAAUAAUAAUAAUAAUAAUAAUAUAAAUAAUAUUAUUAAUAAUAAUUGUGAUGAAGUGAUGUAUCAUAAUAGUUGUAGUAAUAAUAAUGAAGAAAUAAUAUGUCUUAAUAAUAAUAUAGGUGACAUAAAGUUUAAUAAAGGGGAGCAUACCUUUAAUAUGAAUAUGCACAAUUAUAAUAAUAACUCAGAAGUAGAACUUAAAGAAGAGGAGGAAGAAGAAGAAAAAGAGGGAGAGAGACAGGCAGGGGGACAGGCAGGGGGACAGGCAGGGGGACAGGCAGAGGGACAGGCAGGGGGACAGGCAGAGGGACAAACAAAGGGACAAGCAAAGGGAAGCAUUAAAAAAAGUAGGGAUAUCCAAAUUAAUAAUGAAGAUAUAAAAAAGUAUAAAAUAAUGGAAGAUAAUUUUAAGGAAAAUAAAAUUUGUUCUGUGAAUGAUAAAAAUUCUCUUUUGAAUAAUAAAAGGACGUUUUCUAAAUUAAAAAGUACGAAUAUGAAAAAACCAAAAAAGAAAUAUAAAUAUAAACAUAAAAGUUCAUAUAAUAAAAAUAUGAAUAUAGAUGAUAAGAAUAAUGUAAAGAAUAAGAAUAGUGAUAUUAAUUAUCAUAAAAGAAAUACAAUGGACGAUUGUUGUGAUGAAAAUAAAUAUAUUAAAAAAAUGUUAUUUAUAAAAAAUGAUAAAUAUUUAUUAUGUAUAUCAAAAAGAUAUAUUCAUAUUUAUAAAAUAAAUAAAUAUCCAAUAAAGAGAAUAAUAUAUUUGGAUUUAUUAUAUUUAUGUUGUGGAAUUGAAACUAUCAUAUCUAAGAAAUUAUUUUUGCCUUGUUUCUUUUCUGAAUAUUUUUAUUCUUUGUAUAAAGAAAAUGAAAAUGAUACAAAGAAUGAGGAAAGUAAAAUGUGUAAUGAGAAAUGUACAGAUGUAUUUCCCAAUCAGCAUAUGGAAAAUUGCGAAGAUGUGAAAAGUGUUCCAUAUAUAAAAGAUUAUGAUAAUAUAAAAAUGGAUGAUAAAAAAGAAUAUGAAAAGGUAGAUAUUUUGGAAGAGACAUAUAAAAAGGAUAGUUUUAAUAUGAUGGAAGGAAAAGAAAAAAGUCAUUUAGAUAUUUUUAAAAAUUAUUACAAUUUAUAUAACAGUUUGAAUUUUACAAAAGUACGAAACUUUGAUAUAUGUGAAAUAAAAUUUAUGAAUUUACAAAAGAAGAAAAUAAGGUGGACAAAUAAAAAGGUGAAUAAUAAUAUAAAUGAUUGUGAAGAUAAUAAUAUAGAUAAUCAUAUGGAUAAUCUUAUAAAUAACCAUAUAAAUAACCAUAUAAAUAACCAUAUGGAUAAUCAUAUAAAUAAUCAUAUAAAUAAUCGUAUGCCAUGUGAACAGUGUAAUAUAAAUUCCUUUGAGGAAAAAACAAUAUAUAUAAUAGAUAUGAUAUUAUGUCUUAAAGAACAAAUACCAUAUUUGAGCAGAAUAUAUAUAUAUGAAAAUAUGCAAGUACAAAAUAAUAAUAAUUCUUUAAAUACAUUUUGUGAAAUAUUUAUGAACAAUUAUAUUGUAGACAUCGAUAACACGUUUCCUUUAAUAUCGAUUGAUCAAAUGAAUGGUAUUAUCCAAGAUAAUGUAAAAGAAAAGUAUUUACAUGUGAAGAAAAACACUGUUUUAUAUUCUCAACAAAAUAUAAAUAUUAUGGAUAAGAUAUGUUAUCCUAAUAUGGGUGUAGAAAAUGUUGGAAGGUACAAUAAGAAUAAAGAAAAUGCAAACAUUCAAGAAAAUAAUAAUAAUAAUAAUAAUAAUAAAAAUUAUAGUGCUGACAACAAAAAUAAUAAUUGUAAUAAUAAUUAUAAUAAUAAUGAUGUUCGUUCGUAUAAUAAUUUAUUAGGAUGUAAUAAUUUUAUUCAUAAAAAUAUGUGUGAUAAUAAAGAGGGUAAAAAAGAAAGUGAGAAAGGAACAAACGCUACUUCAAAUAAUACUAAAAAUGAUUUAAAUAUUAAUGUAAAAAAGGAUAGUAAUAAUAAUAUUUAUUAUGAAAAAGAGAAUAAUUAUAUGAUUAAUAUAUAUGAAAAGUUUGAAAAGAAUCGGAAACAUCUAAAGAAAUUAUUAAACACAAAUUUCCCCGUUUGUAUUUAUAAAAAAAUUUGUAAAAGAAGAUCUAAGGAAUUACCAACAGCUUUAAAUAUUUAUGACAGUCUGGAUAUGUUACUAAAAAUGAAUAGCCAAAAGGAAAAUGAUGCAAGUGAAAUUGAUGAAGAUAUAAAAGAAAUAAAUGAACAAGAAAUUGAUAAAAUGGUACCAAUGAAUGAUGAAAAAAAUAUUUUUAAAAAAUUCAAGGACCAUUUUGUUAUUGAUUAUUCUGGUAGAGUAAAUAAUAAUAGUUUUACUUAUCCAAGUAUAUUACUAAGAAAUAAAAAUGCCUUAAAGAAUUUAAACAGAAAUGUUAAUGUUGAUAAGUAUAAGCGGUAUAUAUUUUUGGGUAUCCAUUCAUUCCUCUUUGCUUUUGAAUUAUAUUUUGUAAAAGGAAAACACCAAGGAAAAGAAAUAGAAAAAAAAAACAAAAAAGGGCAACAUAAAUAUGGUGAUGAAGCACACGAAUAUGGUGAUGAAGCACACGAAUAUGGUGAUGAAGCACACGAAUAUGGUGAUGAAGCACACGAAUAUGGUGAUGAAGCACACGAAUAUGGUGAUGAAGCACACGAAUAUGGUGAUGAAGCACACGAAUAUGGUGAUGAUGAACACGAAUAUGGUGAUGAGGAACACGAAUAUGGUGAUGAGGAACACGAAUAUGGUGAUGAAGCACAUGAAUAUCAUAAAGAACAAGAUAAUAAUAUUAAUGGGUCCCAUAUGGGUACGCAUGCAAAUUCGUGUAACCUAUUUCCAAAUAAUAAUUAUGUUUAUAAAAAAUUAGAACAUAUGAAAAAGGAGAUAUAUAAUAUAAAGAAUAAAUUUUUUUCAAUAAUAAGAAAGAACGGUUGUGAGAAAAGCAUAAAAAUAAAAUACUUAUUUAAAAUAUAUUUAGGUGUAACAACCCCUUUAGAAAUUGUUAUGAGAGAAAAAGGAAAUAUACUGAGUAUAAGAACUUGUGAUAAGGUAUUUUUAUUUAAAGUUAAUUAUAAGUAUAAUAUUUAUGAUUGUAAUAUUUUGGAUGGUCAUAACAAAAUGUUUUCAUCAUCGAUAUGUGAAAAAAAGGAAAAUAUAAAAGAAUAUAAUAAUGUGAAUAUGUUGGAUAGUAAUUAUAAUGUGGAUACUAUUAUAAAUAAUAAAAGUGAUCAUAAGGAUAAAAGAAGAAGGUAUAUGUUUAGUUCCAUUGAUGAAAUACGAUCAUAUCAUACCAUUCAUAAUCCGAUACAAAAAGAAAUAAAUGAAUUAUGUUGUUUUAGUGAUGAUAUUUAUCAAUCGUAUUUACUUGUAAUAACAUUAAGAUCAGGAGUACAUACAUUAUAUAUUUAUAAUUUAAAAAAUAUUGAUUUACAGAAUGCUGUUAAGGUUAAUAUUUCUGCAUAUAAAGGAUUUAAACAAAUAAAAUGGACUAAAUGUUAUGACAUGUUAAUAUCUUUAUCAAAUGUAGGAAAUAACAUAUUAGUAUUAAAAAAUAAACAUUUAAAUAACUGGAGUUUUUUUAUUUCUGAUUUUGAAUUAAUAGAUUCGAAUAUUGAAGUUAUUGAAGAUGAUAACGAAUUUGAUAUAAUAGAAAAUAUCCAACCGAAACAUAAAAAUAUGGAAGAUAAUAUAUGGAAAUAUAUAAUUAUAUAUUUAAAUUUAUUUAUUAAAAAUAAUGUAUUUAUUCAAAAUUUAGUGCAUCCAUCUUCUCUUUUUCCUAUUUUAUAUACAGGUUAUUAUAUUAAUAGUCCUAAGUAUUUUUUUUAUAACUUAUCUUAUGAUUUAACAAAACAAAACUUUUUAACCUAUCAAUCAGAUGAUGAUGAUAAAUGUAGUAAACCAAAAUAUGUAAAGGAUAGAAAUAAUUGUAAUGAAUUUGUUAAUAUAAAGGAACAUGUGGAAUCAUAUAUGAAUACAGACCAAGAAAUAUGUACAAAUAUAAAUGGAGAGAUGAAUCAUAUGGAAAAGGCAAAUUUACAAAUUAAAGACAAUUCAAAUAAUAUUGAAUUAAUAACAACCUCUAUGAAAUAUUAUUUGUAUUACAAAAAUAUUAUUAACUUUUCAAUAUGA